AUGAGAAAGAAAUCCGUUGAUAGUGAUGAUGAAGGAGGAACAGGAGGAACAGGAGGAGAAGUACAAGAUCAAAUAUUGUCAGCUGAACUUAUACCCCAAGUCCAAGGACUCUUGGAACGAUGCCUUUUCAUUCAAGAAAACUGUAAAGAGCUAGAAGAACAUUCACUGCCAGGACUCCACAGGCUCACCAAAUCUCUUGCUUCAGAGAUUCAAUUUCUAGAACGCUUAUUGGAUAACCCAACCCGUAUCAAGAAAAAAUACAUUCAGACCACAAACCUCACUUAUAUUGAAGCUGUCUAUGAAGCCUUGAUUAGCUCAGGUGGAGUUGUGGAGGUAUUGCGGACCGUAGCUGUUCCAGUCAAUGACAAUAUGUGGAGAUCUCGUGCAGAGAUGAUUCGUCAUCGGAGCAUCAAGAUUGAUAUUGUUGCCGAAAGUGAGCUAGUGUGGAUCAAGGUGUUUGCUCAGAAUGCAAGAGCUAUGCGAUAUGAGAUGGCAGGACUUGAACAACUAUCCGAAGAUGAAGAUGAAGAUUCUGAUUUUGGUUUUGAUUCAAAUGGCCGAAAUGAUGGUGAUAAUGAGGAUGAGGAUGGAUUUGUUUAUCAAUCACGAGAGGAUGACAUCAAUCAACUGCCGAUCUUUAAAAAGGCAAGAGAUUUUCUGGCGAGUGCAGAGGCUCAUCACGUUCAUUUCCGCCGGCCGGCUGUGGUUUUUGCGUUUAUGCGGAUCCGACGAGAUGACGAUGCGUUUGUCGGAGAGAUGAUGACAAGACUUGAGAAGCUAGGAGUGAUUGUGCAUAUGCUUGGAGAUUCUUCAGACUCGAUCGAAAAGACGUACUCGGGGGUGGUCAAGGAUGUCGAUCCGUUUGACCUGACGACGCCGGUGUUGAAUAUCGAUGUCGGGACCGCAUUGGCUCUGCUGUCUGAGAUGGCCCACCACGCGUGUUCGCCAGACGAGGUCCAGGGCGAGCCUCUGCAGAUCCAGGCAGCACGGGAGGCGGUCGUACCUGUCCUGCCUCAGCUCAGACAGGUGCUGGAACACAAAAGGCUCUGUAUGGUCCAGACAGCAUUUGACCGGCUCAAGAAUAUUGUGGAUGUGAUUGGAGGGCCACUUGAGCAGGCCCGGUUUAGGUACCUAUUGAGGGCACACUUUGGUAAUCAAAAGACAGAUAGGGAUGGUAAGAGUGGAAAUGGUGUUGAGGUGUUUGAUCCGGACUUGUGGACAAGCGUGCCACCUCUGUCGAUUACGGUUGUUCCGGAUGCACCUUCGGAAGCAUUUAACCAACUACUUGAACCUCCGGCGAGACGGGCCAAGUUGAACAAUGGCCGAAAGAUCCGUACCCAGUUUUCUUCGUUCCAUGCGAAUGUGUUUGGGAGUGGAGAUACCUAUCGAUGGACAACCGUGACGUCGAUUCAAUGGAUGGCGAGUGCCCUAGCAGAGGCUGGCAUGACGGGAGUGUCUAUAAUUUGCCAUGAGCCUCGAUCCUUGGCUGAGCAAAAGAUGAAGCCAAGAACAUAACCAGCACACAAGCAAUAACAAUGAUAAUAAUAAUGUUUUAUUGAUUUUAUUG